AUGGAGAUUGUGCAAACCACAUAUAAAAUUAAGAACUUUCCUAACGUAUAUCAUGGUGCAUUGUGUAAUAGUGCUGUUAUUUACCAGAAAUAUCAGGCAAUAACUGACUUACUAGAAGGAGCAGCUAUUUUGUACAACAAAGUAGUAGAGGUUGUGUCAGAAGAAACUAUGACCAAAGUUAUAAUUGCAGUAGAAUUUCUGUUGUGCAAUCAGAUUUUAAUUUUGAAACACAUUGUCAAAGAGGUUAGUAUUACUCCUAACAAUGAUCCUAAAGAUGAAAAUUGUGUAGGUGGCAUUGAAUUUGGUCCAGAAGAGGUGAAUAAUGAUGUUUUGAUGCCACUUAUUAAGACCUACUAUGAUAAGGCCAAAUCUUUCUUCGACAACAUUUCUUGUGAAAUAAUAGAUCGAUUGGAAUGA